AUGAGUAAAUAAUUUGUACAGUGUGCAGUGAAUCAUUUAACCCAUUACCCUGUAAAUAUUUACCAAUUAACCCGCUCCUAUUAACAGUUCUAAUAUAAAUAAACUACGUGAGUUUUUUUCCUUCCUUCCAAACACCCCAGGCCGAGAGUGAUUCAAUAUUUGGUUGUGUGAUACAGGUGUACUCGAUAUUUUCGUGAUUUUCAAAGAAAAAGUGCGAAUUCUUAAGUUAUAUACGAUUUGAAAUGGCCGAUAAGGAGGACUAUUUGACCAGUUACCGCGAAUUUUUCGAACAUUUCGCCAAAACUGUGAACCCACACGAUCAGCUGCCCGUCAAGUUGGGGAGCUACAAAUUGCUGAACACCGAAGUGAUUGGAGGCAUAAUUGAUUGGACCACCCAGUACUUAUCGCAAAAGCACUGUCCAGACCAUUUAUUUUCGCCGCUCAUCAAAGUGGUCAUCGAAGAAAUUAGGAAAGCCUGCAAGAAGGACCCGCUUAGUUAUGGUUUCAAUUCCAACGAUAAUGCGUAUGAACCCUUAAAGCUGAUGCAAGCUGUGAUGGCCAAAACCAACGAAGUUUGUCUACGAUACCUGGAUAACAGUCUGUUAUACUCCCUGCCUCCUCCGUCAAGUACCUACUAUGCGACCAGUGUGAGUGCGAAACGAAACAAGCGAAGAACAAUGGAAGAUCGACAUGUCGCCAUUCACGACUUGAAUCUUAUGUUUAAUAAUCAGGAAGCCAGUCCGUCCAGUUAUUAUGCAAUAUUCGACGGCCAUGCCGGCCACGAUGCUGCCGUUUACAGUGCUGCCCAUUUACACCAAUAUUUAGCGGAAAAUAAGAAUUUUAUCAAUAAGCCAGUGCAGGCCUUACUAGACGCAUUUUGCAAAACAGACGCUUGCUUUUUAGAAAAAUGUAGAGUAGAGCAUUUUAGCGGAGGCACAACUGCUGUAGUUGCCUUGUUGAGGCCCAAGGAGAAAGUUCUGUAUAUAGCAUGGGUGGGUGAUUCUCAAGCCUUGUUGGUCAAACAGGGAAAGAUUCUUCAAUGCGUCGAACCCCAUACUCCAUCUAGAGAUUCGGAGCGAGCAAGAAUUGAGCGCGAAGGCGGCUCAGUUAUGUUUUACGGCACCUGGAGAGUUAACGGCCAACUAGCGGUAUCUAGAGCUAUAGGCGAUGCCGCCUACAAGCCUUAUGUAACAGCAAUUCCUGAAGUUAUCGAUAUUCCACUGGAUGGUGGAGAGGACUUUUUGAUACUUGCCUGCGACGGAUUAUGGGACCACGUUAACGAGGAUGAGGCCGCUCAAACGGUGUACGACUUUAUAGCCGAAAGACCAGCCGAUAUUAAACACAUAAGCCAGCAUCUAGUUCAACGUGCCUGCUCAACCGGUUCCUUGGACAACAUUUCGGUCAUCGUAGUCUUCCUCAGAGAUCUUCAUCAGAUAGCUGCAGAGGCUCAGCGCUGGAGCAGUAAAAACGGCUCCAGAUUAACCAGCAACAAUAUGGAAGCAGGGCUGGAUAACGCGAAUAAUCCGUUCACCAAUUCGAACGGUUCAUUGAAGGCUUUGGAUGUCGACACCGACAAUCUCAAUUUGCAGAAGAACAACGAUGGACUGCUGCUGAACUUGACUGAUAACUUCAAAGCAAAUGAAAAAUCUAACGGAACCAAAAAGUCAACCUCAGAGCUGCAUUUUGAUGACGAUUUUGGACCAGAAACUAAUGUUGACGCUGUGGAUGACGCAUUUUCACCCCUCGACAAGGAGAAAACAUUCACUGAUGAUUUAGCCAAAGGUUUGCAAGACGUGAAAAUCUCCAGUAUACGAAACCUGGAGAAGUCGUUCUCUGAAGUAGCCAACAACAAUCCAACCGAUGAUGGAUUCAACCCCUUCGUGAACAAGGACCCACUGCUGGAUCCUGAUAGCGAAGUUCUGGCGGUCAGCAGAGAUGAAACACCUACACCGCCUGCAGAUCCAGCACAUGAUGUUGGGGGCCUAGAAGUAAAUCCCACUGAAAGCGAUUCCGAAGACGAGUGGAACUACAUCAAAGGAGACGAAGAGAAGCCCGAAAAAUUACUGAUCGUGGAAAGUUCAGAAGAAGACGACACAAUGUCUCAACUAAACCCGAAUGCUGCGGAAUUUGUACCAAUUUCCCCAACUCGUAGCAUUCCAUCUCCAUCGGUCUGUCGGCCAAUGUUGGACGAUCAGGUCAUUUCGCAAUCACCAAAAAGGCCCUCACCGUUCGUUGGGAUGGUACCCAGUGAAUUAGAAUUUGAAAGUGAAGUCCGGUCACGACCCAGUGAUGUUUAUGAAAAUGGGACUGAAAUGGAAAAUGGAAAAGGGAACGAUUCAGGAACGAAUGCGCUUGGAAGUCUGUUGGCAGGGAUCAGUUUGGAUGAUAUUACUGAGUUCAAGCCACUUAGUACACCUCCAAAGGUUCCAAACGACGAAUUUCACUUUGGGCCUAGUGCCGCUCCUUUUACUCCAAGAGUGUUAGACAAAUCAGAGUCAAUCUCUACAAAAGCUAACUUUGGAGACGACACACAAGAUGCCUUCAAUUUGUCAUUCACUGAGUCCGAUUUGGUGGUAUCAAACAGAGAAACCGAUGCUAUGUCUGCUUCCUUUUAUGCUGAACAAGGCGACCCCAAUCCGUUCCUGGAUGAGAACGAUCUCAAUAAAGUUCACGAACUGCCUGAGAACGUUGAUGACUUUAUUCACGAUGUUUUAAUGAACAAUAAGGAAAAUUUACCUCCUAUUGGGAACUGUACAAAUUCCACCAUAUCUAUAGAAAGUUCUUUAGAAAAUAGACCAAACGCUGAUAGCAUUAUUCAGACGACUGACUUGGACACCUUUUCUGAGAACAAUGGGAUUGGAACUUACAACACGGAUAGAGAGCCGCAAAUCAUUUCGACACCUUUGAAUCGAACGAUGGAUUAUGAUGGACUGGAAGAGCCAUUUUUCAAUCACACAGAAAACACGAAUUCUUUAGAGCUUCGUUUAACAGAGACAGAAACGAAAAAUCUUCAAGCACCAGAAUCACCCCAAGAAUCUGCCAGCCAAGAAUCACUGUCUCCUGUGGGUCUUACGCAAGACGACAAACAGGACGAGAAUCUGACGUCCUCUGUUAAAGACGAUGUUUUUGUCGGGCAGUUAUCGCCGAUAAAAUCACAUUCGCCCUUAUUGGACAUUUCUGACAAAGAAGAUGCAGCAACGGACAGUUUUGCUGCUAACUCGACCGAAAAAGAAGUGUUUCAGCCAAAGGUUGAAGUCGAGGUGCUGAUUGAGCCAGUUUGUCAGGCGAAUCCUGAACCUGACACUGAUUUAAUUGAAACAUCUCCAUUAGAAAGUGCCGAUCAAAUGGUAGCGGAAAGCCAAAUAUCUGAAUCAGUAGUAGCUAAUACGCUAACUAAUUCAGUUCUUGAACCAGAAGAUUCCAGCUUGCGGUUCUCUGAACCAGAAGGUUUAAGUCCGAGCCCCUGCAGAUUGGAGCCUGCUUUUGAUAGCUCUGAAUCAGAAGUUUCGGUAGUUCAACCAGAAGUUUCGGUAGUUCAGCCAGAAGUUUCGAGCGUACAUAUUCCUGAACCAGAAGAGCCUACUUUACAUAUUCCUAAACCAGAAGAGCCUUCUUUGCAAAUCACUGACCCAGAACAAUCUUCUGUGCAAAUUCCUGAAGCGCAAGAGCUUAUUUUGGAUGUUGCUGAACCAGAAGAGUCUAAUUUACGAGUUCCUGAGUCGGACGUUUCUGCCGUGCAAACUCCUGAAACAUACGAACCCGUUUUGCAAAUUUCUGAAGCGGAAGUUCCUACGGUGCAAAUUCCUAAACUAGAAGAACCUGUUUUGCAAAUUGCUGAUGCAGAAGCUUCUGAGGUUCAAAUCCCCGAAGUAGAAGAACCUGUUGUGCAAACUCCUGAAGCUACCUUUUCUCCCGUACCAACUCCCGACGCAUUGCUUUCUCCCGCACCAACUCCUGAAGCAAUAGUUUCUCCUGUUCAAACCCCCGAACCAGAAAAUGCAACUUUACAACUUUCGGAAGCUGAAGCUGAAGCCCCCACCGCGCAAGUUCUCGAUCAAGAUUUUUCGAACCUACGACUCGCUGAACCGGAAGUGACCCCUUUGCCAGUUGCCGAACCGGAAGUGUCAGUGCACAUCUCUGAACCCGAAGUACCCACUUUGCAACUUUCUGAACCACCAGUCCCCAGCAUAUCAAUCGCUGAACCGCAGCUUCCAACACCUGAAAUUCAGACACCUGCACCAGAAGUAUCCAGUGAAAUUGUCGUUGAACAAUCUGCCGAAGCUCCGGUGCUUUCACCUCUUCCAGUAGUUCCAGUGGCGGCCCUUGAAGUGCCUGCAGCCAAGUCGAGGGAGAGACCGACAUCAGCGAAAAAGGCGACAGGCAAAGUAGACUCCAAAUCUGCUGCGAGUCCUGGAGCGAGACGAGUGCUGGGCAAAACAUCAACGGCCUCACCCAAAGCAGGGCCUUCUGCUAAAGUUCCAGCAAAAACAGGAACAACAUCCAGGCCUGCAGGGAUAACGAAAACGGCCUCGUCUCCAUCUGCACCCAAACCAAAGACUGUUGCCAAUACGAAACCCGCUUCAACAACAGCAAGAAGCACCGGCAGAUCAACUGGUGAAGCUCCAGUGAGCAAAACACUUACUCGACCAGCUACAGCAGCGCCUAGAACGAACCCUAUAUCGAAAACGAACGCUGUGAAUGGUUCCUCUCAACCUACAGCGGCACCACGAACAAUUACCCGUAAAUCGCCAGCGCAGUCUGCUGCACCUUCCAAAACUAUUCCAGCGGCCAGGCCUAAACCCUUAGUUUCAUCAGCGAGGACAGCGACAACGACUGUUAAAACAGCAACUACUGCCCGAACUACUACAGCUUCCAAGACCACAGUGGCGCCUAAAACAACGUUGGCCCCCAAACCUUCUGCUGCACCUGCCAAGCCUGCAACUCUAACUAGCGUUUCUUCGAAACCUCGAGUGCCGCUCACCAGAACUGUUCCCAAAAGGGCUGAAUUGGAAAAGGAAAAGAAAGAUAGUGCCAAUAAGCUGACGGCUAGUUCAAGUACAACGAUAACAAGACACCCUGCAAGUCAUGUCACCGUGAAAAAUACUUCUACUUUGGUCAAUAAAUUGGAAGUAAAGACUUUUCGAAGCACAACAGUGACGAAGAAGGUUGUCGAUAACAAAACGACAUCGAAGACAACAAAAACUACGAGAAUAGAGCAGCCUAAGCAAAAUGGAGUUGCAAAAGAAAAUAAUGUAAUUUCGGACAAUUGUCCCAUACUUAAUCAGGCGCUAUGAUUUUUUAUCCUAACAGACCUUAUCGAGUCUUCUAGAAUAGUAAGAAGUAUCACUCACUCCUUUGCUGCUAUGGGAAGGUUUCUCUUAUAUCGACUAUAUUUAUCAACUAAUAAAUUAUGUCAAUGUAACAGUUAUAUUUCGUUAAUUUUUUAAAAUGAUUUUAACUUGUUUAUAAGAGCUGUGUUAAUAUUUCCAUCAUUAGUUAGGGCGCUGCUGGCAUGAUCCCGCUGAGCUGUAAAAGUAUAGGUUAGUUCUCGGAUUUCGAUAUACUAAAUAAUCUGAGAAGGAAUAAAAUAACGUUAAGAUAACUAACUAAAAUUAAUUUUUUCAAGUAUGCCUUAUCUGUUUGAUUAUUUGAUUUUUAUUACUAUAUUUGUAUUUAGUUUGUUUUUUAUUUAUUAGUGUAAAUUACCGAGUAUUAUUUCAGCACAAAUAAAAAUGCUAUGAAGAACA